CUUGUCCCCUAUAUCUUCUACAGCCCAUUGAAACACGAGCGGUACUUCUCUCUUUUCUCUGAUCAACCACACCCCACUGACGACAGACUCAUGCAACUCGUCACUUCCUUCGUUUUGCUGGCUGCCCUGGCCUCGGCCACUGCUCUGCCGCCGCAGGCGCACAUAAAUGGUGGCAGACGGAGCGGGCAGCGGCUAGACUUGAAUGCUUCCGUCGACCAGGCUGGCAUAUUUGGAUUUAACGAUGGCGCUGGCAUGUUUGGGUUUAACGAUGGCACUAGCAAGCUCUUGAACAACAUGCCGCAGAUGCCCAACCACAACGAUAUCAGCAAUGUCAACUACGACGAGAUAUAUGGCGACCACGCCUCGAACAUCUAUUCUCUCUAUGCAUCGGCAUCAUCUAGGCUGCAGGCCAUUAGUGCUUCGUCGUCUGCUUCAGUUGCCAGCUCCUCGGCCAUCGCUGCUGCUCUGGCUGCCAGGUCUACCCAGAUAAUUCAGUUCCCGCAGGUGGUUCAGUCAACACAGACAACAGUGCUGACUGCUGCUGGUUCGCCAACGGCUACCAUAACCCAGGCACAGGCCACUGCUGCGCAGACCCUUGCCUCCAUAUCCCAGGUAGUUCCGUUUAUGGAUCUUCCGCUGUUUUACUCACAGCCAAACCUUUUACCACAGAUGGAGGCUGACCUUCAGUCAAUGCUGACGGCCCCGCCAAUGGCUACUCAGAGCCAAAUGGUGAACCAAGGGGCUUCUGGUGGUAUAUCGGUCGUCUCGAUUAUUCCUGGCACAGCGUUUGUGGCGGCAGUUCCGGCCACUCCCACCACUGCGCCGGCAGCUGCACCUGUCACUAUCCCCUCGGGCGCUACGCUGGCCACCAACAUGUUCAUCCAGAAGUCGACUGCAAGCCAGCCCUUCCGCCUUGCGCCAACAACGGCCUCGCAGAAGCUAAAGUUCAAUGAUGCCCAGAACGUCCAUGAUGAUGAACAAUUCCAGUUCCCUGCUCAGCCAAAGUUCGACCUCGACAUCACGUCAUUCAACACAGAGGAUCCUGCCAGCCUGCCGUUCACAGCAACGGCGGCGUCUGGGGUUACUCACAGUGCCCAAGCCCGGCAGGGAGUCGGAUACCUGGGGCCCGCCCAUUCGCCAGCUGAUUCCGUGCAGCCACCCCUUUAUCCAGCUCCUCCUCCUCCGGCGUACCCUACUCACACAUCAGCGUAUUCUCCUUCGGCGUACCCUAGUCAGGCACCUGCAUAUCCUGCUCCAUCGCCUUCAGAUGAGGAUUGUGAUGACACCCCGUCUAGCCCUAGCAGCAAUGGCUAUGGCGCACCCCCUCCGGCAUAUCCUACAUCGAGCAGCGACGAUUACGAUGCUCCACUACCUCCCCCACCACCUCCCCCAGCAUAUAGCACACCAAGUAGCCAAGGGUAUGCUGCUCCACCUCCGCCUUCCUCAGCGUAUAGCGCACCAAGUAGCCAAGAGUACUCUGCUCCCCUCCUCCUCCCUCAUCAUAUAGCGCACCAAGUAGCCAAGGGUAUGCUGCUCCGCCGCUUCCUCCUCCAGCAUAUCCCACACCGAGUAGCCAAGGGUAUGCUGCUCCACCUUCUCCUCCCUCAUCAUAUAGCGCACCAAGUAGCCAAGGAUAUGCUGCUCCGUCUCCGCCUUCCUCAGCGUAUAGCGCACCGAGUAGCCAAGAGUACUCUGCUCCGUCUCCGCCUUCCUCAGCAUAUAGCGCACCAAGUAGCCAAGGGUAUGCUGCUCCGCCGCCGCCUCCUCCAGCAUAUCCCACACCGAGUAGCCAAGGAUAUGCUGCUCCACCUCCGCCUCCCUCAACGUAUAGCGCACCAAGUAGCCAAGGAUAUGCUGCUCCGUCUCCGCCUUCCUCAGCGUAUAGCGCACCAAGUAGCCAAGGGUAUGCUGCUCCGUCUCCGCCUCCCUCAACGUAUAGCGCACCAAGUAGCCAAGAGUAUGCUGCUCCCCCGCCUCCUCCCUCAUCAUAUAGCGCACCAAGUAGCCAAGGAUAUGCUGCUCCGUCUCCGCCUUCCUCAGCGUAUAGCGCACCAAGUAGCCAAGGGUAUGCUGCUCCACCUCCGCCUCCCUCAUCAUAUAGCGCACCAAGUAGCCAAGAGUAUGCUGCUCCACCUUCUCCUCCAGCAUAUCCUACACCAAGCAGCCAAGGGUAUGCUGCUCCCCCGCCUCCUCCCUCAUCAUAUAGCGCACCAAGUAGCCAAGGAUAUGCUGCUCCGUCUCCGCCUUCCUCAGCGUAUAGCGCACCAAGUAGCCAAGAGUAUGCUGCUCCCCCUCCUCCCCCCUCAUCAUAUAGCGCACCAAGCAGCCAAGAGUAUGCUGCUCCGCCUUCUCCUCCAGCAUAUACCACACCAAGCAGCCAAGAGUAUGCUGCUCCGUCUCCUCCACCCUGUCAGGGCACUGGUGGUCAGGGAUGUGGUUCCCCUGCACCUGCACCUGCGCCAGCUCCUGCAUAUCCACCAAGCGCCGAUGAUGAGGAUGAUACCUUGGAACCUGCUGCUGCGUAUCCUAGUACAGACAGCCCAGUGUAUGGUGCUCCCCUGUCCCCGUCCCCACCGGUUUACUCCACUGCAAGCAGCCAAGGAUAUGCUGCGCCGGUGCCACCACCUCAGCCGACUUCGUCCGGCGCAUCGUCCGCCGACUCAGGGCCUAUUCCAUCUCUUGGCUACUUGCCAAAUUCACCGAGCUCAUCGAGCGCAGUUCUCAGCUACUCGGCUAGCCAGCCAAGCCCUGGCUACUCGACGAUUGGGCUUAGCUCCAGCUCUAUUGGAUAUACCAACCCGGUAGUGACAAUCUCAAUUGCCUAUGGUGCCUCCGACGAUGAUGACUACGAUACUGACGAUGAGUCGCCAUACAGGCCCAAGAAGC